GUGGCGGGAAAGUGUCUGGGAAUCUGUCGGCUGGCUUCGAUUGAAGUUAAGAAAUGGACAUGGAAACCGACUCGACUCAAGUAGACACACAAUCAAAGAAGGAGGAUGUUUCGGGAAAAGGAAGCAGCAAUACAUAUGAAUUGCCAUGGGUGGAAAAAUACAGACCCCUGAAGCUGAAUGAAAUAGUCGGGAAUGAAGAUACUGUGAGCAGGUUGGAGGUGUUCGCAAGAGAAGGAAAUGUGCCAAACAUCAUUAUAGCAGGUCCCCCUGGCACAGGAAAGACCACCAGCAUCCUUUGUUUAGCUCGCGCCCUUCUUGGUCCUGCAAUGAAGGAUGCAGUUCUGGAACUCAAUGCCUCCAAUGACCGAGGAAUUGAUGUAGUCAGAAACAAGAUCAAAAUGUUUGCCCAGCAGAAAGUGACCCUUCCUAAAGGGAGACACAAGAUUAUCAUUCUGGAUGAAGCUGACAGCAUGACAGACGGAGCCCAGCAGGCCCUGAGGAGGACCAUGGAGAUCUACUCCAAGACCACACGCUUCGCUCUGGCCUGCAACGCCUCUGACAAGAUCAUAGAGCCCAUUCAGUCUCGCUGCGCGGUGCUGCGCUACACCAAGCUCAGGGACGAGCAGAUCAUGAUGCGGCUGAUGGAGGUCGUGGAGAAAGAGGGCGUCCCCACCACCAACGACGGCUUGGAGGCCAUCAUCUUCACUGCGCAGGGGGACAUGAGACAGGCACUGAACAACCUGCAGUCCACAAAUUCUGGAUUUGGCUUUGUCAACAGCGAGAAUGUGUUCAAGGUUUGUGACGAGCCCCACCCCCUGCUGGUGAAAAGCAUGUUAGAACAUUGUGUCAAUGCCAACAUCGACGCGGCCUACAAGAUCAUUGAGCAGCUGUGGUUGCUAGGUUACUCCCCUGAGGACAUCAUUGGAAACAUCUUCAGAGUCUGCAAGACCUUCCAAAUGCCAGAGUACCUGAAACUGGAGUUCAUCAAGGAGAUCGGCUACACCCAUAUGAAGGUAGCAGAGGGGGUCAACUCCCUGCUGCAGAUGGCAGGGCUCUUGGGCCGACUCUGUGCCAAGACGGCAGCUCCUGAUGCCAGCUAAGCCACACCAUCACCAGCUCCUCCCAUCCUGGCUCCUACCCUGGCUGCAUAAUUCCUGCCUUGCUUGUGCUCGACUGGAUUGUGUCAGAAUGCUGCUCUGCACUGCACUCAACCCCAGAGCAGUAGCUCCAUGGAGUCACCUCAUAGGCCCAGUACAGAGACAGUGGACUGUAGCUAUCCAAAUAUAUGCAGAAGUUGUCCAGUAGGGGUUUCUAAAAGGAAAGGCCGUUUUAUGGAAUACUGAAGUGUGUGGGGGAAUGUAAAUACUGUUGGCAAA